ACACACACACAUGUAUGCCUUAACAUAUGCCUAUUUUGGUGUUCCUUUUGCAGUAAUAGAGUGUUGGACCUGAUAGAGCAUAUGGCUUUGGUGGCAGCUACCAAAUAGAGAAGUAGCUGCUCUGCUUCUGCAGAAAUCAUUAUUUUUUGUGCGAGAAAUGAAUUUGAAUGAUUGCAAAAAUUUCAAUUCUUAGUAGUGAGUUAUGUUAGCGAUGUUGUCCGAAUAAUACACCAAGUCAUGUACGACGAUUCAUUUAAAAAAUACAUGUAUUGGGUUUUGAGGUUUGGAGAAACUAAUGUGGUUCUCUCUCUCUUUCUCUCUACCAUGUACUGCCCGAGAAUCGAUCUUUUCAACUAGAAGCUUCUCAAAAUUCAUUUACGAUCGGAACGUAUUUGUUUCAAUUACAAGAAUGCCAUUUUUUUCUUGUAGUGUGGAUUUACGGAAUCUUAACACUAGUACUGUAUAUGAAAUUAAUGUUCGAUUUUCAUCGCAGGAUUAGCUUGUAUAUUUGUUACACGGCUAAUCAUUCUUAUCUGACUACAGUUCAGCAAAACAACACAUGUCAUAAGCAUCAAGAGGAUUAUUGCAUAUGAUUAUUACAAAUAACCUAAUUAAUUUGCAUUAAUCAAACAACACUAAUCCUCUGUUUCUUGCUGGCUAAGUCUAUUCAUUUGAAUUUUCUUCCCGCGGCCUUGGGCUUUUGCAUGUGUUUACACGUGGACAAGCAGCAUUUAAUUUGGAUAUAUCCCUACUUUCCAUUGAUUCCCAUGGAGCUAGUAUAUAACUCCACCCCAUAUUCUCUGCUCCCAAUCUAUAUAAAGAAGCAAAGAGCGAUAAAUAAUUGAACGAUCAACGAUGAAAACUAAACACGCUUUUGCGCUUGUGCUCUUCUUGGUCUUCGUUUUCGCCUGUGAGGAGGCGAAGGGUAGGACAUGCGAAUCACAAAGCUUCAAUUUUAGAGGGCCAUGCGUAAUCGACCACAAUUGCAAGGCCGUUUGCGAAAGUGAAGGUUUCACCGACGGAGAUUGUCAAGGAUUUCGAAGACGUUGCUUCUGCAGAAAACCAUGCUAA